AAUUGACGUUUUUGUCAUCGAUUUUACAAUUUUUUUAAAUCAGAGAACAACAAUGUCGGAUUUUGAUGAAAAACACUCCACUCGCGUCAUAAGAAAGAUCAUCAAUUCGGCAAUUUACGUGGAAAAGCCGCUGUCGGGGGCCGUUUCGAGUGAAAACACCUCAAUUGCGGGGAAGUCCUCAAAUGAGGAUUUUCUGGAACCGAAGACGAAACGUUGUACUUGUUCAGUUGAUCAGAAAACGUGUCCGUUUCAUGCCAGUUGUUUUAUUUUUUUCCCCAAAGAAACAAGAAAAGUGGCAAUGAAAGUGUCCGAAAGUAGGACGAAAGUGUCCCAAAACGCAAAAAUCCCCACUGAGAAAGAAACCCUAAUCAAAAAUUGGAAAUCCAAGAAGGACGAAGAGAGAAAGAAGAAGGAUCAGAAGCAGAAAAUCCUCGACGAGGCCAAAAUGAGAGAGAAAGAGAAGUUGCUCGAGCAAGAGAGACACAACUUUAAGAAAUGGUUGAUGAACAAGAAGAAAUUGGAGGAGGAGGCAAAACGGAAGAAAGAGAAAGAAGAGGAGGAAAAGCAAUUGAAGGAGUUGGAGAAGGAGAAACGACAGUUGGAAAACCAACUAAAUUUUCAGCUCUGGUUGAAAAAAAAAGAAGAGAAUUUGGAAAAGAAAAUCAAGGAACAGAUGAAACUGAUAAAUGAGUUGGAACGGAAAGAAACACAGUUGAGGGAGAAUGAAAAAGCGUUCAAUGAAUGGUUGAAAAACUCCAAACAUCGACAAAAACCACUCCCUUUGAAUAAAGGACUUGAAUCUUUAUGUUCGUCAACUUCAGUCACUUAUAUCAACCCAAAUCCUUGGAAUCCCAACCCUUAGAAUACAAUAAAGUUUGUCACACUAGAUUUUAUUUCUCUUGUAACACUCAAAAUUACUUAAAAAAAUAUUUGUG